AUGGGCGGCAGCGAUGAAUACCUGUUGCGCGAAAACUUCAAAAUGAUCGACGCGGACAACUCGGGAAUCAUAUCUCCGACUGAAUUGCAGCGAGCUUUAGGUUCUCACGGUUUACUCUUUAGUCUGCAAACGAUAUCACUCCUAAUCAAAUUGCAUUCGACGCGAGGCACCGGGACGCUCGAUUUUAGCGAAUACGUGUCUUUGAACAACUUCUUAGAAAAGACGCAAUCUGAAUUUGCUAAGUUCGACGUGAACAAGGAUGGAAAACUUGGUAAAGCGGAGGUGUUCCGAGCAUUAAGUUCGAUGGGUUUUGGCGAGUGUGACAGUCGUGCCAUCGAAGAAGCUUGCAAGUCGUUCGACCCUUCUCGUGAAAACAAAAUUGGAGUGCCUGAAUUCAUAGCGUUGGUUUUAUUCUUAACAUCAGCGAAGAAAACAUGA